AUGGCGGCGGAGUGCAGAGUACUGUCCUAUACCGUGUACAAGUGGAGCUCGUUCUCCUCCAGUUACCUCCCCGAAAACAUUUUGGUUGACAAGCCUAAUGAUCAAUCUUCAAGGUGGUCUUCCGAGAGCAACUACCCCCCUCAGUAUCUCAUACUGAAAGUUGAAAGGCCAGCCAUUGUCCAGAGCAUCACCUUUGGAAAAUAUGAGAAGACUCAUGUUUGCAAUUUGAAAAAGUUCAAAGUUUUUGGUGGCAUGAAUGAAGAAAACAUGACAGAGCUUUUAUCAAGUGGCCUGAAGAAUGAUUAUAACAAAGAAACAUUCACAUUGAAGCAUAAAAUUGAUGAGCAGAUGUUCCCAUGCCGAUUCAUUAAAAUAGUUCCUCUCUUGUCUUGGGGACCAAGCUUUAACUUCAGUAUCUGGUAUGUUGAAAUUAGUGGCAUUGAUAAUCCGGAGGUGGUACAGCCCUGUCUUCACUGGUAUAGUAAGUACCGUGAACAGGAAGCCAUUCGCCUUUGUCUCAAGCACUUCCGCCAGCACAAUUACACAGAGGCUUUUGAAUCCUUACAGAAGAAAACGAAAAUUGCCUUAGAACAUCCAAUGUUAACAGAGCUUCAUGACAAGCUGGUUUUGAAAGGAGACUUUGAUGGCAGUGAGGAGUUGAUUGAAAAGGCUGUAAAUGAUGGUCUGUUCAGCCAGUACAUCAGUCAACAAGAAUAUAAACCACAGUGGAACCAGAUAAUUCCUAAAAGCUCUAAAGGGGACGGAGAAGAUAGCAGGCCAGGAAUGAGGGGAGGACAUCAGAUGGUUAUCGAUGUACAAUCUGAGAUGGUGUAUUUGUUUGGAGGCUGGGAUGGAACACAGGACCUAGCAGAUUUUUGGGCAUAUAGUGUCCGAGAGAACCAGUGGAUCUGCAUAUCCCGAGAUACAGAGAAAGAGAAUGGUCCUAGUGCCAGAUCUUGUCACAAGAUGUGCAUUGAUACUCAGCGCAGGCAGAUUUAUACUCUUGGUCGGUAUCUGGACUCUUCUGUACGAAACAGCAAAUCUCUAAAAAGUGAUUUCUAUCGCUAUGAUAUUGACACCAACACGUGGACUUUACUGAGUGAAGAUACAUCAGCAGAUGGGGGGCCUAAGCUUGUAUUUGACCACCAGAUGUGUAUGGAUUCUGAAAAGCACAUGAUCUACACAUUUGGAGGGCGAAUACUGACUUGCAAUGGUAAUGUUGAUGAUAGCAGGGCCAGUGAGCCCCAGUUCAGUGGACUUUUUGCAUUUGAUUGUCGGACACAAGUGUGGAAACUGCUUAGAGAAGACUCUUGUAAUGCUGGACCUGAAGAUAUACAAUCCAGAAUUGGACAUUGCAUGCUUUUUCACUCUAAAAAUCGCUGCUUAUAUGUGUUUGGUGGACAAAGGUCGAAGACCUACUUGAAUGACUUUUUCAGUUAUGAUGUGGACAGCGACCAUGUGGAAAUAAUCUCAGAUGGCACAAAGAAAGAUUCUGGCAUGGUUCCAAUGACAGGUUUUACUCAAAGAGCCACCAUUGAUCCAGAGCUGAAUGAAAUCCAUGUUCUGUCAGGAUUAAGUAAAGACAAAGAGAAACGGGAGGAGAACGUCAGAAAUUCCUUCUGGAUUUAUGACAUUGUCAGGAAUAGUUGGUCUUGCGUGUAUAAGAACGACCAAGCAUCAAAGGAAAAUCCAAACAAAAGUCUUCAAGAGGAGGAGCCUUGUCCAAGAUUUGCACACCAGCUGGUAUAUGAUGAAUUGCAUAAGGUUCAUUAUCUUUUUGGAGGAAAUCCAGGAAAGUCCUGCUCUCCAAAAAUGAGGCUGGAUGAUUUCUGGUCUUUGAAGUUGUGCCGGCCUUCUAAAGAGUACUUGCUAAGACACUGUAAAUAUCUCAUUAGAAAACACAGGUUUGAAGAGCGUGCACAAACCGAACCUCUGAGCGCACUGAAAUACCUGCAAAAUGACCUGUUUGUCACUGUGGAUCACUCGGACCCUGAAGAAACUAAAGAGUUUCAGCUUCUUCCUUCUGCACUUUUCAAAUCCAGCAGAGAAUUCACCCCUCUUGGUUUCUCAGAUGUUGACCACACAUAUGCUCAGAGAACACAGCUAUUUGAUACACUUGUCAACUUCUUUCCAGACAGUAUGACCCCACCAAAAGGCAACCUGGUUGACUUGAUUACACUGUGA